AUGAGUUGGUCCUCGCACCCUCCGAGUGUAAUCUACUUCUACAUUCUUUCAUUGCUCUCUUCAGCAUGCCUGGCAUAUGUUGCUACCCGAGACAACUGCUGCAUCUUAGAUGAAAGAUUUGGUAGUUAUUGCCCAACUACCUGUGGAGUUGCAGAUUUCCUGUCUAAUUACCAAACCAGUGUAGACAAGGAUCUACAAAAUUUGGAAGGCAUCUUAUAUCAGGUUGAGAACAAAACAUCAGAAGCCAGAGAGCUGGUCAAAGCAAUCCAAAUCAGCUAUAACCCUGAUGAACCAUCAAAGCCAAAUAAGAUAGAGAGUGCUACCAAGAAUUCCAAGAGAAUGAUGGAAGAAAUUAUGAAAUAUGAAACAUUGAUAGCAACACAUGAAUCAACAAUUCGAUUUUUGCAGGAAAUGUAUAACUCAAAUAAUCAAAAAAUCAGUAACCUAAAACAGAAAGUGGUCCAGCUUGAAGCAAAGUGUCAAGAGCCUUGUCAAGAUACAGUGAAAAUACAUGAUGUAACUGGGAGAGAUUGCCAAGAGGUUGCCAAUAAGGGGGCCAAAGAGAGUGGACUUUACUUUAUCAGACCUCUGAAAGCUAAGCAGCAGUUCUUAGUCUACUGUGAAAUUGAUGGGUCUGGAAAUGGAUGGACUGUGUUUCAGAAGAGGCUUGACGGCAGUGUGGAUUUCAAGAAAAACUGGAUUCAAUAUAAAGAAGGGUUUGGACAUCUGUCUCCUACUGGAAACACAGAAUUUUGGCUGGGAAAUGAGAAGAUUCAUUUGAUAAGCACACAGUCUACCAUCCCUUAUGUAUUAAGAAUACAGUUGGAGGACUGGAAUGGCAGAACCAGCACUGCAGACUAUGCUUCAUUCAAGUUAACAGGUGAAAAUGACAAAUACCGCCUGACAUAUGCUUAUUUCAUUGGUGGAGAUGCUGGAGAUGCAUUUGAUGGCUAUGAUUUUGGUGAUGAUUCUAGUGACAAGUUUUUCACAUCCCAUAAUGGCAUGCAGUUCAGUACCUGGGACAGUGACAAUGAUAAGUAUGAUGGCAACUGUGCUGAACAGGAUGGAUCUGGUUGGUGGAUGAACAAAUGUCAUGCUGGCCACCUCAAUGGAGUUUAUUAUCAAGGUGGCACUUACUCAAAAACAUCUACUCCUAAUGGUUAUGAUAAUGGCAUUAUUUGGGCCACCUGGAAAUCCCGGUGGUAUUCAAUGAAGAAAACCACCAUGAAGAUAAUCCCAUUUAACAGAAUUGCCAUUGGAGAAGGACAGCAGCACCAUCUGGGGGGAGCCAAACAGGUCGGAGCAGAACAUCAUGUUGAAAUAGAAUAUGACUAA